AUGUUUUUGGCUCCCUUUUUGUUUUUCCUCCUCUUGGGACCCUUGGCUGCCACGGUUACUGUAACUUCAGAACGCCGUGCGGCCAGUGGUGGCCCCGUGUUGGUCCUCUUGCGAGGCCGUGUCAACAAGACGCCACCCGCCCCUCAGCUGGAGGGGUUGGGCAAAGAGGCAGCCGCCAUGGCGGCGGAGCCUGAGGCCGCCGAAAUCCCGCCGAGGCCCCUCCCCCAGGUGAUGUUGCCGCGGAACGUGACCGACGGAGCCCUGAAGCCGCCGCUGGCGCCAGCGCAGGUGGCCCCGGCCCCGCGGCGACUGGUGGACGUUGACGUGUGUCGUGGUUACUUCGACGUCAUGGGCCAGUUCGACAACACCUUCAACUGCACCAAGGGCACCUACAUCUACUGCUGCGGCACGUGCCACUACCGCUUCUGCUGCGAGCACCAGCGGAACCGGCUGGACCAGGACUCCUGCACCAACUACAACUCGCCUCACUGGGCCAACACGCAGGUGCCUGUCACCGCCACUCCGAACCGCCGCGACCCAGACUUUGACCCGCUGCAGCAACAGAGCAACAACACGGCUUACGUCAUCGGUGGAGUGAUCUCCUUCACCCUGGCAGUGGCCAUCGGAGCGAAAAUAGCCUUUCACAAGGUGUCCCGGCGUCCCAGGAACAGGGACAUCAACAUGCCCAGAGCCUUGGUUGAUAUCUUGCGUCAUCAGUCCAGUCCGGUCCAGCAGGGUGAAAGGAAUAACACAACGGUCCUUACGACCGCAACCAAUGAGGGAACCAUGGGACGGCCGCCCAAAAACCUCUACGCUCCGGUUCUCCAGAGCAAAGACAACCGCACUGGGACCAUGCACCACUCUUAUAUCCCAUCUGGGCCCAGCCCUAAACACACGGCUACUAUUGAGCGUGUUCCACGCAUGAACAACGCUCCGCUGGUCCCCACGGGAACGCUGCUCACCAGCAAGCACGGCAACGCCGGCCCUCAUCCAUCCUUCUCUCACUCCUUCCACAACCUGGCCCAGCUCCCUCCAUCGUACGAGGCCGCGAUGAAACCUGAGAUUAACCGGUACUGUUCGCUCAAGAGACUGGAGAAAGAUCUGGACGACUACUCAGGUUACUACACUUCAAAGCGGCGACCUGCCAACGCACCUCCAUCCUUCCACUCCUCUCAGCACCAUCUGUACUGGGGUGGUGAUUACACCCUGGGAGCCAGAGGCACCCUUCCCCUGCAUGCCUCUCGCAAUCGCAUCCAUGUGCCCACCUCUACCUCAACGCCCAACCCCUAUCCCUUACAGCCGCCUCAAUCGCAGUACACCUCCAACUUUGAAAAGCCCCCUCGCAGGGUUAUGUCCCAGGAUCAGCUGCUGGCCCUGGGGGAGGGCAACACUCUCUCGCGCCUCUCUAAAAACCAGCAACACCAGUACUACAAACCCAUGACCACCAGCAAGAGCUCCAACUCCCAGACCCUUCGGAAAUCCCACGAACGCCUCCUAGUGUCCCCCGACCGACUGGAGGAAAGGCUCAUGGGCAGUGGGGUUGGAGGGAUGGGAGAUUUCGGGGUGACUGCCCCAACAUUGUCCCGCCUCACCCAUCACCAGAAAGCGCAGUCACAGCAGAACGUGUGUGUGACGCCCUCGAUGGACCGCCAUCACAUGGUAAAGAUGAACUCUCACCCUACCUCUGGUCGGGAGCAGGAGAGGAGCAGUGCCGCCGUGACCUCCCACGGGGGAGUGCCAUUGGGCUGGAAAGAGGGGCAUGGCUCUGGGGGAGGAGUCGGGACGCUGGGGCACAGAGAUCGGAGGAUGGCCUUCGCUACGAAGAGGCAAAGCACCAUUGAGCAACUGCACUACAUCCCCGGGGGAGGUGAAGGCGGAGGAACCCAGACACUACGGACGGGGAGUAAAAACGAAGUGACAGUGUGA